GUGGUCGACGACGCGGCCUUUGCGAGGGCAUAGCGCUUGGCCACGGCGUACUACGAGACGCUGUGACUCGCGCAUCGCUGCGCACUUACCCUCGCGCCGCGAUAUCUCAUCCCUCGACGCCGCCGCAGCGCGCCGCUGCAGCAAGCCUCGACUCCACACCACACCGCACCGCCGCGCGCCGCGCCGCACCGAUCACGCGACGCCCGCAAGACAACCAUGUCCAAAAAAGGCGCCGGCUACCGCUUAAGGAAGGAACUCCUAGCGAUCAACAAGGACCGCCCCGAGUUCAUCUGGGCGACUCAUAAAGAAACAAACAUACUACUAUGGUCCUUUCUCGUAGCCCCCCCGGACGACACGGUCUACGGCGGCGGCUACUACUGGGGCCGAGUGACCUUCCCCCAGGACUACCCCUUCGCGCCGCCCGGGAUUCAAUUUGUCACACCGUCCGGACGGUUCCGACCGGAGACGAAGAUCUGCAUGUCCAUGUCGGAUUACCAUCCCGAGAGCUGGAACCCCGCAUGGUCGGUGUCGACCAUAUUGAAGGGUGUCCUGUCGUUCAUGCUGAGCGACGAGAUCACUACUGGUGCCGUCGAGUGUUCGGAUAGUGAAAGGAGGAGGCUCGCAAGUGCAUCUGUAGCCUGGAACUGUAGUCAACCGGAGUUUAAUGCUCUAUUUCCGGACUUCGCGGAGCUGCGGGAGGAAGAGUUGUUGCGGAGAGCGCGUCCGAAAAAUGCGGGGCUCAUCGCGAGGGGUGCGCUGGACGAAGCCGGGCUGCCCGGCGCCGCGGCCGCGAAAGCCACUGGUGAUGCGUUCUUCCGCGCCAAAGCCUACGACAAGGCCAUCGGUGCCUACACGCUCGCUCUAGAGGCGGCGCCGGGCUGCGCGGCCGUGUUAAGGAACCGCGCGGCGGCGCACGAGAAGCUCUCGGACUGGAUUAAUGUAGAAGCCGACGCGGCCGCGUCCCUGAAAGCGGACGCGGCGGCCGGCGAGCCGGUGUCCGCCAAGGCAUUAUUGCGGCGCGCGGCGGCGCUGGUGCAGCUUUCGCGGCCUGAGGACGCCAUCACAGCGUAUACGGAUGCUCUGGCGCUGAAGCCGCCGAACGCCGAUGCGAUCAAGAAGGCGCUCGCGGCGCUCGAGAAGCCGCCGCCGCCUCCGAGCUAAGGCGCUCGCGGCGCUAAAGUAAGUAUGUUG